AUGCCCGACGCGUCGGCAGCCUCCACAUCUCGCAAGAAAAGUAGCAGCAAGCGGACGACUAAGAAGCCGGAUACAAAGUCAAAGAAGGCUCUCCCACCGGUCCCCGCCGUACCCAUAGCUGAGGAUCCGCCGCGCGAACCUGCCCUUUUCUCGGACAAUGAUGUUACACCAUUACCUGUCCCCCCUUCGCCCCAGCUCAGCCAACUCACGUCGUCUUUGAACUUGAUGUCAUUACCUGGCCCUCUAUCGAAACAACUACCAACGCCUUGCGCUCCCCCGGCACCACCUCCAAAGGACUUGAAGCAGAAGAACGUGGCACGACUUACAGAAGACCGUGGAGCAGAUAAGGCUUGGUCUCUACUGCAGAAACCGCAGAUACUGUAUGACUCUGGGACGGGUCCCCGAGUCCGCGAUGUGCGCGCGUUCAUGUCGUCUUCGUUUGCCCAACCGCCUUGGCUCGCCGAUCCCUUAUGCGCGGAGUUCGCGAUGCCGGAGGUGCUGCAAAUGCUUCAGACGGUGCUACCACCGGAUACUGCUAUGAUACUUUGGUACAACAAGAGUAGAAAAACGAGCCGCGUGUGCCCUGCGUGCCAGCGCGUCUACUCUCUCGGCGAUACGCUCAAGAGCCCCGUGGGUCGCGACGGCCAGAAAGCACCGGAAGCCGAUAAGGACAAGCCGAUCUCACCUCAGCUUCUCCAAGAGCAGAUACUCAGCGGCCUCUGCUCACCCAUAUGCUUUCUCAUGGCUUCAUUUCAUCAUCCAGACGCCAUACAGACAGUAUGGGGUCGAAUGGCGGAGACGAUCGAUGAUAAGACAUGGGCGGCUCUGGACGCUAUACCGCCAUCGACGAACAACAACGGGCAUGGGUUGGCGAUGUUGCUCAAGAUGACGCGUUUGGAGGAUCUCGGGCUUUCGCAGUUGCUUGAGCCUGAUGUUCUUCCGGAAGAAUACAUUGACCAACUACCGCCGCCUGAGGAGAAGGACGGGGAGUUUGGGACGAGACUCACGCGGGUCCACACUGUCAAGAGCUAG